AUGUCGGGCAAAGGACCAGAGCUCCCAACUACUCAAUGUGCGAACUGCAUCAGAGCAAAAAUUGACUGCACGUACAUUGAAGCACCACCCAGGCGAAGUUCGUCGAAGAAAUAUAUCGCCAGUCUUGAGGAUAGAAUAACGGACUUAGACCUCCUCCUCCGGAAGCUAUGUCCCAACGAGAAAACAUACCAAGACUGGAUCAGCACCAUCAUGAAAAGCGGCGUGGCUUUCGACGAUGUUCCUGAGCAGCCGCCCUCUUCCAUUUUGGGUACCAUCGACUAUGCACAAGGACUUGAUGCUCUAGAGAGUUUCGCCAACGCCAUCCGCGCCGCGAACGACGCUGAGCCCACCUCGCAGUCCGAUGAGGAAAGCCCGAAUGCACCUUUCAUAGACAGCAGCCUCGACUCGAAUCGGUUCUUCGGCAAGUCGAGCAGUGAAGUUCUCAUUCGUGAGGCCAUCUUCACGAAGAAAAGCUGGGUAGACAAUGAGAGUAGUAUCCAGCGUCCCGUGUUACACCACAGGCGCGAAGAGUUUUGGGCACUUCGGACGUGGGAAAGGGCGUUGGAACCUGUACAGCACAACCAGUAUACAUUUCCUGAGCCAGAACUCUCAAAGGAGCUCCUCAAUCUGUACUUCGAGCAUAUCAACCUCCACUUCCCUCUGCUCCAUCGACCGUCUUUCGAGAGAGCACUCCGCGACAACCUUCAGUAUUCUAAUGCCAGUUUUGGAGCAGUGUACCUUCUCGUUUGUGCCAUAGGUGCCCGAUUUUCGAACGAUCCGCGGGUACUCUUCAACGGCUCGGAUUCGUAUCAGUCAGCAGGGUGGAAAUGGUACAACCAAGUGGAGACGGGAACAAUUUCGUACCUUUCUCUACCGUCGCUUUAUGACCUACAGUUGCACUGUUUGACCCUGUUAUUUCUGCAGAGCUCUUCUGCACCGCAAAGCGUAUGGGCCAUGGUGGGUGUUGUCCUCCGGUCGGCACAGGACGUCGGUAUACACAGGCUACGAAGUCGUACGCCGUCGGCAGAAGAUGAACUUUGGAAGCGGGCGUUUUGGGUCCUCAUCUGCAUCGACAGAGUCGUUAGUACGGCACUAGGUCGUCCAGGCGCCAUUCAAGAUGAAGACUUCGACCUUGAUCUCCCCAUAGACUGUGACGACGAAUACUGGGAACAUCCCGACCCACAAAAAAGGUUCAAACAGCCUGCGGACAAGCCUUCCACAAUGAGCGGAUUCCACAUGCUGCUAAAACUCAUGUACAUCUUGAACUGUUGUAUCCGAGGAUUCUACGCGCCACCCAAAGGUGACGAGUGGUACAACCCGCUCUCAGUCCAUGAAUGGAAGCCACGUAUUGUGAUGGAGCUUGACUCAAGUCUAAACAAAUGGCUAGAUUCUGUGCCAGAGCAUCUGCGGUGGGAUCCAAAUCGCCAAAACAUGCAACACUUCAACAUCUCCGCUAUGCUCCAUGUAUUGUAUUACCACAUUCAAAUCCUCACCCAUCGCCUGUUCAUCGCGUCUCCGAGAAAACCCUCUGUCGUCCCCUUUCCAUCCCUCACUAUAUGCACCAAUGCUGCUCGUGCGUGUGUACGUAUCGUCGACAUGCAACGGCAGCGAAAUGGGAUCGCCCCGCCCCCAGUCAUCCAGUUGGCUACGUUUACGUCGGGUGUGGUGCUAUUAUUCAGCUCGUGGGUACGAGAAGGAACUGGUGGUGGUAGGCCGCUGGCCUCGCGGGAUGCAGAUGAUAUGAUUCUUGUAGAGCAUUGCUUGCAGACGUUGAAAGCGAGCGAGAAGCGGUGGACUCUUGCCGGGAGAUUUUGGGAUGUGUUAGAAGAGCUCUCGUCAAUGGGUGAUCGUACCAACAUGUUCCGCGAUAAUGAAUCUCCAACCGACUCGAUUCCCGCCUUCGCUGUGUCUGAAGGCAUUGGCACAAGCCUGGACCAACAAUAUUUCAAUUCUACCGCCCUUCAGGCGCCUACGACUUCGUUUGACCGCCUUGAUACCACAUCACUAUUACGCCGAUUGUCCAUGGACAUUGCCCAACCCCUCUCGCCUACUCUUUCCUCACUAUUCUCCUUCACCUUUGCAUACCCUGGUAGUCCAAACGAUCAAUACCAGGUACCUCUGGCCAUGGAUGCCGGCGGUAUAGAUGAGUUUGCGCAACACGAUCAACUUUCAAGCACAAACACCCAGUCGUCUUACCCGACUCCUGGUUUGGAGGAUUGGGAUGUGUAUUUGGCAGGGAUGAACCAAUCAGACCAUGCAAGUAGUAGGCAACGCCAGUAG